ACAGGGGCUGGUUGGCUCUGCAAAAUCCUACUCACACACGUUUGUUUGCUCUGUUUUUCUCCGUUUCCUCUGUUCACGCCGCUUCUCUCUCUCUCCCCUACUAUCUCUCUCCCUCUCCUCCAACUUCCCACAGUCAACCUAUUUAUACUCCGAUUUGGCACUCGAAACUGAAUCGGCCCCAGUUGGAUUUCUACUGGGUUUGGACUGAUUUUUUCAGUUCUUCAUCCGAAAAACCAGGAAUAAAGAAAUAAUAAAGAAGAGAUGGUUGUGGAUUCUAAUGGCGGUUUCGAGUGGAACAGUGAUGGUGGUGAAGCUUCUGGUUCCGCUUCCGAGCAGUCUCAGAAUUCGUCUCUGAAUUCGAAGAAUGCGAAUCGUGUCACUGGUUUUGGCUCUUGGUGUGAUCAUAUUUCAGAAGCUGCAAACAAGAGGCUCAGACAAACUCCAAUGGAUUCCAACGAAAAAGCUCAAUUGGCUCAAACUCUUCUAAGUUUAAGUCCUCUUGGUUUGAACCUUGGGGUGACACCCCCUUUCAUAGACUUAACAGAAGUGAUUGCACCCAGAAAACUCAAGACUAAGCGUUCGCCGGAAGUUAAACCCAACGCUUUUCAGUUGAUGACUGAGAAGGAAAAAUUGAAGGCUUCUAACUUCAAUGCAUCAUUUAUCCGAAUCGGUUUGUGGCAGAGAGUAGCUCACAAUGAAGGUGACUUGGUGGUGAAAUGUUACUACGCGAAGAGAAAAUUGGUGUGGGAAAUCUUGGAUCAGGGUUUGAAGAGCAAGAUUGAAGUGCAGUGGUCUGAUAUUUCGGCAUUGAGAGCAGUUAUCAAAGAAAAUGAGCCCGGGAUUCUGGAAAUCGAGUUGAACCAGCCACCUACGUUCCACCGAGAAUCAAAUCCACAGCCGAGAAAGCAUACCAUGUGGAAUGUGGCAUCAGAUUUCACCAAUGGUCAAGCUCUUAUUCACAGGGGGCAUUAUGUUCAAUUUCCCCCAGGUGCCCUUGACCAACACUAUGAAAAGCUCAUACAAUGCGAAAGCCGGUUUUUAGAGAUGAGCCAAAGACCUUUCCCGAGUCAAAAAUCUCCAUACUUUCAGUCAGACUUCCACAAUGGUCUUGCAGAAUUUUCUUUCAAUUUUGAUAGACACGGGGCAGAAAUCCCCUCCAAUCUGCAGUUCCCCUUUUCGCCAUGCGUCCAGACACGUUAUGAUCAUACUCAACAAGUUCAAACAUACGAACAGCUCAAGCCAACUCUUAGGAUCAAGGAUUCAACUUCACCAAUAUCAGUGAUGGAUUUUUCUUCGCCUUUAGAUGAGGUGAUCGGAAACCAAGCAGUUCAAAAUCCACAAAUGCCGGUUUACUGGGAUCAAGGGAUAACCCAAGCAAUGACCAGUUUUGCUGAUUUCUUAGGAAGAGAGCAACUUCCUGGAUUGGUUUCUGUUGCACAAGCGAAUUCAACUAUUUCUUGUCAAAGCUUCAAUGUAUAUAAUCAAGGAUUAGGAACCCCUAAUCCCGACUCCCAAUUGCUGAGUAAUAUCGAAAACCAGCUAAUGAUCGACUCACAAAUUGAAUUCAGCAAUAAACAAGUCAUGCCCCAGGCCAACUCACUCAUUGCAUUCCCAGAACAAAUGAAUUAUGCAUUUGCAGCUGAUGUAAAGCACCCAGACUAUGUACAAGAAGUGGUUGAUAACCAAAACUUUGUUUCCGGCGCAAAUGUUGACCUACUUCAGCCUCAGCCGGUUAGCUGGGUGUUGCCACUACCUCAGCCAGGCAUCUGGGUGACUGCCAGGAACUCAAGGAUACAAAUGGCCAAGAACAACUCAGCAUCUUCAUCCUUCACUCAAAAUUCAACAAUGGAAGAAUUUGCAACUUAUAACGACUUGGCCAACCGCUGGAAAUGAUUCACAGAGACGAAUGAAAAGAAAAAUCUAC